AUGGGAGGGAGAGCGGUGGUCAAUCUCCGCUCCCUCUUCCCCCAUUGUGCUCUCAACCUUAUAUGCCCGUGUAACGGAGGCACUCACGUGUGUCUUCUUGGCAUUGCUCAGCUGUCGCUCCAUGCUGAGAGCAAUGUCUGCCCGCGCCCUCCUCUCAACCUCCUCCAUGUCCUCGCUCUGCCGGGAUUGUGCCACCAGCUCGCGCUUCUGCACUGCCUUGGGGAGACGGACGGGAGGAUAGUGCGGAGACGCGUGCGGAACAGGUUGAGGAGCAGGUGGUGGGCGGGGGGAGAGGUGGAGGAGGAGGAGGAGGAGGAAAAGGAGGAGGAUGAGGAGGAGGAGGAGGAAAAGGAGGAGGAGGAGGAGGAGGAGGAGGAGGAGGAGGAGGAGGAGGAGGAGGAGGAGGAGGAGGAGGAGGAGGAGGAGGAGGAGGAGGAAAAGGAGGAGGAGGAGGAGGAGGAGGAGGAGGAGGAGGAGGAGGAGGAGGAGGAGGAGGAGGAGGAGGAGGAGGAGGAGGAGGAGGAGGAGGAGGAAAAGGAGGAGGAGGAGGAGGAGGAGGAGGAGGAGGAGGAGGAGGAGGAGGAGGAGGAGGAGGAGGAGGAGGAGGAGGAGGAGGAGGAGGAGGAGGAGGAGGAGGAGGAGGAGGAGGAGGAAAAGGAGGAGGAGGAGCAGGAGGAGGAGGAGGAGGAGGAGGAGGAGGAGGAGGAGGAGGAGGAGGAGGAGGAGGAGGAGGAGGAGGAGGAGGAGGAGGAGGAGGAGGAGGAGGAGGAGGAGGAGGAGGAGGAGGAGGAGGAGGAGGAGGAAAAGGAGGAGGAGGAGGAGGAGCAGGAGGAGGAGGAGGAGGAGGAGGAGGAGGAGGAGGAGGAGGAGGAGGAGGAGGAGGAGGAGGAGGAGGAGGAGGAGGAGGAGGAGGAGGAGGAGGAGGAGGAGGAGGAGGAGGAGAGUGAAAAAAGGUCUAUCAGACGAUUGACGAGGAUCAGAGAGACUCACCAAUGCGGUUCUGCAGUCGGUGACUUUUGA